CAUGGUGGACGAAAUGAAGCAAGUAUACAUUUCACCGUUUUCAGAACUGAAGAUCACAUCUCAUGAGGUCUUAAGAGGCGCUGAAAGAAGACCUUGCCCCAAGUGUCAAGCCUCGAGAAAGUAUUAUUGUUACACAUGCUACAUAACAGUUGGACUUGAUAGAAGUCUGAUUCCGACAGUUCAUCUACCUAUAAAAGUGGACAUAAUAAAACAUCAAAAAGAGUUGGUAGGGAAAAGUACAGCCACUCAUGCAUGUAUCUUAGCUCCUGGGAAUGUGUCCAUCCAUAACUUUCCAGAAGUUCCAGAUUUUCAAGAAAAUGAGAAGGUCAUAAUUGUUUUUCCAGCAGAGGAUGCUGUCACCCUGGAGAAGAUCAGAUUAAACCAGGACAGACAGAAUCCAGAUUCUUCAGAUGCUGGUACCUUGUUACACAGAGUGGUGUUCAUUGAUAGCACAUGGCAGCAGUGUCAUCAGAUCAUAACUGACAAAAAGUUGAAAGGACUGAAAAGAGUUAAACUUGAGAGUGCUGUAACACAUUUUUGGAGACCUCAAAGGAAGCCAGAUACAUGCCUUGCUACCAUAGAAGCUAUUUAUUACUUUUUCAAGGAAUAUGAUCAGCAUAUUUUAAAAAGGGAAUAUGAUGGAAGAUAUGACAAUUUAUUAUACUUCUUUGCGUUUCAAUACAAAUUGAUACAGGAGCAGAGAAAAAAUAGCAAAAAUAGAAAGAUGUCAGAAGAAGAUGACACAAAAUAAAUUUACUGGAACUACAAAUGAUAAUUAACCUAAUUUUGAUAGGAAAUUCUUAAAUGUUUGAAUUCAACUUGUUUUGUUCUCUGUAAAUCUUACUCCAUUACUGAAGGGGUGCAUGUUAACAAGGCUGCUAGUGACCUUUACAAAACUACUACAUGUAGAUUCUCCUUCCAAAUUGUCUUGUAUCCUUUGGUGAAAGAGAUUGAGAAGGAGACAGAGAUGUGACAUCCAAACUCACCCAGAGCUUGGCUCUGCAUGACAGAGCAAAACCUUGGCACAUCUCUGCCCGCUACUGCCAAAGUUUAUCCCUGGCAGUGUCCAUAGCAUAAAACAGCUUGAAGGGCCAUGUCUCUUCUGGAUGAGUUAGCUCUGGUAAAUACCCACUCAAUUAGGAAUCCUGUAUGCCUUUUCAUAUGCCCCCAUUUCAAAGCUACAUUCAUUUCUAUCAGGUAUGAUAUCUCUCUCUUUAAAGAAAAACAGUGAAAUGUGCAAACAAUGCUACACUUCAUGCUAAUGUAGUUCAAGGUCUGUACUGUGAGUUAUGGAUUAAGCUUUUCCGCUUGGAUUUAUAAAAUGAGGUUUUGUAAAUCACAGCAGGGACCAUGAAAACAAAGUUAGCAAGAUAUUUAUUAUAUCUCUGGGUUCAAAAAUAAGGGGAAGAUUCCAGUUCAAACAAGUUUUUGAAUUAAACAGGCCAUACAGUGAAAUAUGGCCUGCUCAAUUGACCAAUGAAAGUGUGCAUACCUUACCCAAUAUAAUAAAACAAUUUAUUUCUCACA